CAGAAAACCAAAAAAAUAAAAAUCAAUUUAAACGAAAACCGAGAAAAAGACGGCAUGAACUUGCAGAGAGGAGUGCAGCUGUUGUUCCAGCAGUUCAGAGCGCUAUUCAAGAAGAACCUGCUGCUCACAUGGCGGAGCAAGAGAGCUGCGUUUCUGCAACUCUUUUCCUCCCUCUUCUUCAUCUUCCUCAUCUUCUGUAUCCAGAAGGCCAGUCCUCAAACGGAUUCCUCCACGGUAGUCUUGCGUGAUCCUAAGCCCCUGGUGGCGCCGGCGAUUCCUCCUUGCGAGGAAAAGUACUACAUAAAGCUUCCCUGCUUCGACUUCGUUUGGAGCGGGAAUGAGAGCCAGAGAGUUGCGAGUAUCGUUACCGCGAUCAUGGUGAAUAAUCCUGGAAGGCCGAUUCCAGAUGGCAAGGUUAAAUCAUUUAAGACAGGUGAUGAAGUAGAUGCAUGGCUUUUCAAUAAUCAGAUGCGAGUCCCUGGAGCUUUGCACUUUUUAGAUAAAAAUGCUACCAUAAUUAGCUAUGGAUUGCAGACUAAUUCAACUCCUGUUCAAAAGCGAGGGGAAUAUGAAGAUCCAACAUUCAAAUUUCAGAUUCCUCUUCAGAUUGCAGCUGAACGUGAAAUUGCUAGGUCAUUGAUAGGAGAUCCAAACUUUAGCUGGUCAGUUGGAUUUAAGGAAUUUGCUCAUCCUGCCAUGGCAACUUUCUCUAUAUUUGCUACACUGGGACCAGCAUUUUUCCUUGCAAUUGCGGAGUUUAAUUUUGUAUUUCAGAUUGGUCAUUUGGUUGCUGAGAAAGAGCUUAAACUUCGGCAGGCAAUGACUAUGAUGGGUCUUUAUGAUUCUGCAUACUGGUUUUCAUGGCUUGCAUGGGAGGGGAUUAUGACACUUCUAUCAUCUCUUCUUAUUGUUCUCUUUGGAAUGAUGUUCCGGUUUGACUUUUUCUUGAACAAUGAUUUUGCAAUUCUGUUCCUCCUCUUCUUCCUUUUCCAACUUAACAUGAUUGCCACUACAAAUGGAUUCCCAUACAGUAAAAACAUCAGUCCUACUAUUCGAAUCAUCUGGUCAUUCUUCCAACCUAAUCUUCUUGCUCAAGGUAUAAGUAUUCUUGCUGGUGCAACUGAAACUCACGAAGAUAUAGGAGUUAACUGGAGUAGACGAACAAAGUGUGCACCAAAUGAUGAUGGGUGUGUGAUAACAAUGAAUGAUAUCUACAUAUGGUUGUCAGCCACCUUUUUCCUCUGGGUUCUUUCGGCAAUCUACUUUGAUAACAUAACCACAAAUGCAUCUGGUGUGAGAAAAUCGAUAUUUUACUUUUUGAAGCCUAGUUAUUGGACAGGGAAAGGUGGAAAGGUAGAAGAAGGCGGCAUUGGCUGUUGUAUACAUUCAGUUCCACCAGUCGAGGAUAUUGCUCCUGAUGAUGAAGAUGUCCUUGAAGAGGAAAACAUUGUUAAACAACAAACAAGGGAAGGUGCAGUUGAUCCAAAUGUUGCAGUUCAGAUACGUGGUCUUGCAAAGACAUAUCCUGGGUCCAGGAAGAUUGGUUGCUGCUGUAAAUGCAAGAAGACUUCUCCAUACCAUGCCAUUAAGGGGUUAUGGGUAAACUUUGCCAAGGAUCAGUUAUUCUGUCUUCUUGGUCCAAAUGGUGCAGGAAAAACCACAGCAAUCAAUUGUUUAACUGGCAUAGUUCCAGUGACAGGUGGGGAUGCACUGAUUUAUGGUAAUUCCAUUAGAAGCUCUGUUGGCAUGUCAAACAUUCAAAGACUUAUAGGUGUUUGUCCCCAGUUUGAUAUCCUUUGGGAAGCACUCUCUGGUCAAGAGCACCUCCAGCUCUUUGCUUGUAUUAAAGGCCUUUCCCCAGCUUCUAUCAAAUUGGUUGUACAGAAGUCAUUGGAAGAGGUGAAACUCACCGAGGCUGCCAAAGUGAGAGCUGGUAGUUACAGUGGAGGAAUGAAGCGCCGCCUCAGUGUUGCAGCAGCCCUUAUUGGUGAUCCAACGUUGGUCAUCUUGGAUGAACCAACUACUGGUAUGGAUCCCAUAACAAGAAGGCAUGUAUGGGACAUAAUAGAGAGUGCAAAGAAAGGUCGUGCUAUUGUCUUAACAACACACUCCAUGGAAGAAGCCGACAUCUUAAGUGAUCGCAUAGGAAUCAUGGCAAAGGGUCAGCUUCGCUGCAUUGGAACCUCAAUAAGGUUGAAGUCACGAUUUGGAACAGGUUUCAUUGCUAAUAUUAGCUUCACUGGAAGCAGCAAUGGAUUCAGUCCUUAUAAUGGCGAUGAAGUAACCACAACUCACCACCAUGAAUCUGUGAAGCAGUUCUUUAAAGAUCAUUUGGACAUAGUACCAAAGGAGGAGAACAAAGCAUUCCUGACCUUUGUCAUCCCUCACGACAGAGAGAAGCUGUUGACGGAAUUUUUCGCUGAGCUGCAAGAUAGAGCAAGAGAAUUUGGUAUAGCUGAUAUUCAACUUGGUCUUGCUACCCUUGAAGAAGUUUUCUUAAAUAUUGCAAGGCAGGCAGAGCUGGAAAGUGCUACAGCUGAGCAAAGAUUGGUCACUUUGUCAUUAACUUCCGGAGACUCACUUCAGGUUAAGUGCAACAAUGUUGUGAUACCGGUAGGUGCAAAGUUCGUGGCAAUCCCAGGCACAGAGUCCACAGAGAAUCCUAGGGGUGUAAUGGUUGAAGUGUACUGGGAGCAAGACGAUACCGGUUCGCUUUCUAUUUCAGGACUUCCUCAGGCCGGAUAGGACCAAUUCAUGGAAUCGUAAUCAACCCUAAUCCAAUUA